CACUCCACAUGGCUGUGCUCCUGAAGAGGUUGUUGCAUCCCCGGAGGCACCCGGCGGCCUUGGGCCGCCCCCUGGGACGGCGCGAGGCCAGCCUGGACACUCAUGCCGGGGCUGCGGUGCGAGUGCGGUUCGCCCCCAGCCCCACAGGCUUCUUGCACCUGGGCGGCCUCCGCACUGCCUUGUACAACUACAUCUUUGCCAAGAAGCACCGAGGGAGCUUCAUCCUGAGGCUGGAGGACACGGAUCAGACCCGCCUUGUGCCUGGGGCAGUGGAGAAUAUAGAGGACAUGCUGGAGUGGGCAGGCAUCCCCCCUGACGAGAGCCCCCGCCGGGGAGGUCCUGCAGGGCCCUACCUACAGUCUCAACGACUUGCGCUCUACGCCCAGGCCACUGAAGCUCUGCUGAAGAGCGGCGCUGCGUACCCGUGUUUCUGCUCACCCCAGCGGCUGGAGCUCCUGAAGAGGGAGGCCCUAAGGAACCGCCAGACACCCCGGUAUGAUAAUCGGUGCCGGAGCCUGAGCGAGGCGCAGGUGGCCCAGAAGCUGGCCAAGGACCCCAAGCCUGCCAUCCGCUUCCACCUGGAGGGGGAGGCGCCAGCCUUCCAGGACUUGGUGUACGGCUGGAAUCGGCAUGAGGUGGCCAGUGUGGAGGGGGACCCAGUCAUCCUGAAGAGCGAUGGCUUCCCCACCUACCACCUGGCCUGCGUGGUGGACGACCACCACAUGGGCAUCAGCCACGUGCUGCGGGGCUCCGAGUGGCUGGUCUCCACCUCCAAGCAUCUGCUUCUCUACCAGGCCCUGGGCUGGCAGCCCCCGCGCUUUGCCCACCUGCCCCUGCUCCUCAACAGGGAUGGCAGCAAGCUGUCCAAGAGGCAAGGGGACAUCUUCCUGGAGCAUUUUGCUGCCGCCGGCUUCCUGCCGGAUGCCUUGCUUGAUAUCAUCACCAGCUGCGGCUCAGGGUUUGCAGAGAACCAGAUGGGCAGGACCUUGCCAGAGCUGAUCACACAGUUUGACCUGACCCGGGUCACCUGCCACUCAGCCCUGCUGGACCUGGAGAAGCUCCCAGAAUUCAACAGGCUGCACCUCCGCCGGCUGGUGAGCGAUGAGACCCAGAGACACCAGCUGGUGGGGAAGCUACAGGCUCUCGUGGAGGAGGCUUUCGGGAGCCAGCUGCAAGACAGGCAUGUGCUGGACGCAGCCUACGUGGAGAGGAUCAUCCUGCUGAGACAGGGUCACAUUUGCCGCCUGCAGGAUUUGGUCUCCCCAGCGCACUCCUACCUGUGGACUCGCCCUGCUGUGGGUCGAGCGCAGCUGGGCGCCGUCUCGGAGAAGGUGGACGUCAUUGCCAAGCGUGUGCUGGGGUUUUUAGAAGGACCCGGUAUGAGUUUAACUCAGGACAUGCUGAACGGAGAACUGAAGAAGCUGUCAGAAGGUCUGGAAGGCACCAAACACAGUAACGUGAUGAAGCUCCUCCGAGUGGCCCUCAGUGGACAGCUGCAAGGACCUCCUGUAGCUGAGAUGAUGUUGUCCUUGGGACCAAAGGAAGUGCGGGAGCGAAUACAGAAGGUGCUUUCCAGCUAGAGAGAAGGUGUGCAGGACAGCAGAGGUGGCCACAGGAACUGUACUCAUGGGACCUGCCCUCAGAGGGGAGGAGCAGGAGGCCUGGGGCCCAUCGGAAGCCUGUGGAAGGACCCAAGAAUGGACACAGAGCCUCUGGAUGCACAGGUGCAUUUAUGGCUCCACGCCAGGCCCAUCCUUACCAGUUGGCCAGGGUCACCCAGCCCCCUCACCUCCCUGGCGCUGGAAAGGAAGGCCUCACGCAUGGUUCUGACACCACAGCACACAGCAGAGGUUAGGAGCUGGCUCGCUGGACAGUCAAAGCUCGUGUUUCAGUCUGCUCGGGCUGCCAUGAAAACAUAUCACAGAAUGGUGGCUUACACAACAGAAAAUGACUUUCUCACAGUUCUGGAGGCCGGCAGUCCAAGAUCAAGGUGUUGGCAGGUUUUCGUUUCUCCUGGGGCCUCGCUCCUUGGCUUGCAGACGGCUGCCUUUUUGCUCUCUCCUCACAUGGCCUUUCCCUCUGUGUGUGCCUUCGGUAUCUCUGUUUGUCCAAAGGCCCUCUUCUUAAGAGGACGCCAGUCAGAUUGGGUUAAGGCCCACCCUCACGGCCCAGUUUGAACUUAAUCACUUCUUUAAAGGCCCUGUCUGCAAAUUCGGUCACAUUCUGAGGUACGGAGAGGUUAGGGCUUCACAUGUGAGUUUUGAGGGGAAUACAACUCAGCCCAUACGUAACAGCUUGGCAGCAGCCUGGACUCCUGGGUCCCAGUUCUCGGGCCCAGUUUGACUUUGUUUUUUCAUUUUGUUUUGUUUUUUAAUAAAUUUAUUUAUUUUUGGCUGUGUUGGGUCUUGGUUGCUGCACACAGGCUUUCUCUAGUUGCGGCGAGCGGGGGCUACUCUUCGUUUCAGUGCACGGGCUUCUCAUUGCGGUGGCUUCUCUUGUUGCCGAGCACGGGCUCUAGGCACAUGGGCUUCAGUAGUUGCGGCACGCGGGCUCAGUAGUUGUGGCACACGGGCUUAGUUGCUCCAUGGCAUGUGGGAUCUUCCCGGACCAGGGCUCGAACCCGUGUCCCCUGCAUUGGCAGGUGGAUUCUCAACCACUGUGCCACCAGGGAAGCCCCCAGUUUGAGUUUGGAGCAGUGACUGACGGGCUGGGCUGAACUGGCUUGUUAGACUUUGGGGCUUAUAAGGGAAGAACCCACAAAUCUGCCCAGGGGGAACACUUAACGUUUUAUACUACUCUUUGUCCUUGGGCUUGGGGCAGCCUGUAUCUCCCUUCCCUAAAGGUUGUCUCUUCCUCUUUUCCAGUUCUCCAGACCUGGUCCUUGGACUGGAGACCUUUACCCUGCCUGUUUUGCAUCUUUUUCUUCAUAUUCGCCGCCUCCUUCCACGCAUUAUUUGUAAAUCACUGUGGGUUUCUGAAAUGACAUGUUCUUCUUGGGGUGAAUAGGAAUAGCUGAAGUGAAAGGAGGAUGGUGGCCGGCUACAAAGACCCCUACACGGCUUCUGGGCUUCCCCUUUGUAGCCCCCAGUCAUCGCUACCUCCUGGCAUUCACACUGAAUAGGGCUGACUUCUGUGCGGUGUGUCAUGGCUUCCAUCUUGUUCUCUUGGAUCCCUUACUCUGUGGGAAGCCAGCUUCCACACUGUGAAGACAGACAGACAAGGAUCGGAGGCCAUCUGACAACAGCCGUAUGAAUGGGCCAUCUUGGAAGUCAGUCUUCCAGCCCCAGUCAAGCCUUCAGAUGACUGCAAUGCUGGCUGACAUUUGACUGCAGCGUUCUUUUUUUUUUUUUUUUAAUUGGAGUAUAGUUGCUUUGCAAUGUUGUGUUUGUUUCUGCUGUACAGCAAAGUGAAUCAGCCACACGUAUACAUAUAUUCCCCUCUUCCUUGGAUUUCCUUCCCAUUUAGGUCACCACAGAGCAUUGAGUAGAGUUCCCUGUACUAUACAGUAGGUUCUCGUUAGUUAUCUGUUUUAUACAUGGUAGUGUAUAUGUGUAAAUCCCAAUCUCCCAAUCCAUAUCACCCCCUCUUCCCCCUUAGUAUCUAUACGUUUGUUCUCUAUGUCUCUGUCUCUAUUUCUGCUUUGCAAAUAAGUUCAUCUAUACCAUUUUUCUAGA